UUGGGAAAUAUAGCCAUGGCAAAGAAUGUUUCUAGGGCAGCUUGGAACACUGUGUAUGAGAAAGGUCUGGUUGAUGUGCUCCUUGAAUAUAAAGACAACCCAAAGUUCAAAAGUCAAAAUGGUUGGACUGUUGAGGGAUGGAACAAUAUCACAAACAAGUUCAAUGAGAGGUAUCCUCUAGCCCAUUACUCCAAACAGCAAAUGCAAGACAAAGAUAAGGAGCUUAAAUCUCAUUACAAGGCAGUAAGAGAUUCAAGGAAAGAAAGUGGGGUGGGUUGGAAUGAUUCCCUAUGUAUGAUAGUGGCUGAGCCAGAACUUUGGGAAAAGCUCAUCCUUGUAAGUCAUUUCCUCAAUAUUGAAUAUGUUUUCUUAAUAUUGCACAUGUAUUUUUACUCAUCUUCUCUCUUUUUAGGUAGUGUGGCUACAGGAGAUUUGAAUUUCACAUCCACUCAGCAAAUGCCACCACCUUCUUUCAUUCCUGUUCGUCCUCUUACUGCCCCUCCUGGUGGCCCUCUUGCUACAGCUUCCGCUUCUGCUACUGCUCAUUCGAACAGGAGUACCUCUGAACAAAGCCACUCUCCCUUGCACCCCCACACAAACCCAUUCUCCAUGGAUUGGCAAGAAAUAUCAAAUGAAGCUCAAUCAAGACAUGAAGAAGGUAGAAAUGGGAGAAAGCGCAAGCAAAGCCAAAUUGGAGCAACCAUUGAAAGUUUUGUGGAUUUUAAGAGGAGCGCCACAUCCAAAACGCUCGAAGGUAUUGAAGAAGUGUCUAUGGAGAAGUGUCUAGACAAGUUGGAUAGAAUUGACGGGUUCACUGAUGAGGAUAGAUCAUAUGCAAUGGAGGUCUUUGAAUCAGCGAUAAACAGAGAGGUGUUUAUGAAGUCAAAAAACCACAAUGCUAGAUUACUUUGGUUGAAGAGGAAAAUUAGUGUGUUAAGUGGAAGCAACACAUGAAGCGGACAUGGAGAAGGAAGCUGGCAUGACACUAAAACGCAUUAAGUUGACAUGUGACGUUCAUGUUUUAGAUGUCUUAUUCUACUGCCAAACUUCCUAAUACUCCAUUUUUAUACUAUAUUGUCUAUCUGUACGUGUGAAUCGAGAUGAUGAUAUUAUGUGAUGUGAUGAUGGAUGGAUUAGCUUCGUUGAAUAUUAGAUGAUAUUAUGUGAUGAUGAUAUUA